GAGGAAGGAAAAUUUGUAAGAUUGGCUAUUAAUUUGGAAAGAAAAUAUGAUCUCCCAAUGGGUUAAAAAGUCUCAAAGCUUAGAAAACGGUAUAGCACUGAUCAAUCAGCUGGAAGAUACAAAAUUUGAUCAGUUUUUACGCAGAAUCGUGGCUAAAUGCAAAUUACAGGACAAUGAAAUUUUUACAGAAGAGGAGAAAGUAAAGCUCGAGAAGAUUUUCAAGAUGAAUGAGGAGAAGUUGCUACUUACAAUAAAAACUAUAAUUUAUCUGUUUAAAAAAAUGUUAAAAUUCUUAUUUAUGCCAGCCAACCUUAAACUAGAUUUAAAUAAUAUAGGCCUUAACUGUGAAAAAGCAGAUGUUUUUGUUAAAGUGUGGUCUACAGAAACACGAAUAGCAUUGGAUGAACUUGGAACAGAAAAAAUUAAUGACUCUGUUGAUUCUUUGACUUUUCCAUGGAAAUUAAAUGCUGAACUGAGCUCUGACUUUCACAAGAAGUGUAAAGUGCCUAAAACAUAUUUUACUUUUGCAAGAGAAGAAGAGGAACUUGAAUUAGAACUCAGUCAUCCAGAUGUUUACUCAGUAUUUCUUCAAUUUGAGUUGAUCCAAAAUGAGUUAGACAAUUUAAUGUAAAUAAAGACAAAUAUAUUUUUUUUUCAUUUAAAGAUGCAAUAUUGAUAAUAUAAGUGUAGUUUUAUCCCAUAAAAUAUCUUCAAUAUAUUAGUUCCAUCUAUACAUAAAUUGUAAAUGAAGAACUUAUAGGUGGUGCUCAAUCAUAAUAUUGUUGGUCGUGCAGACAAAAACGGAAAUUUCAAUUAACAGACAGCCCUUUAACUUGAUUUGAACUGGCGACAAACGGCGAUUGCAUUGCUGCUGUUUAAACCUUGCGGUCACGCAGCAUAUAGGUACUACCUAUAUAUGUUUGCGAAAUUUCCAAAUAGGUAUACUUGGCACAAGGAUUUUUUAAGUUUGUU